AAAAUAUUGAUGGAAGCCAUUAGGCCCAUAUUUCAAAAAUAUGUAUUAAAAAAUGCUCUAACCAAAAAAUUUAAAGCAGCAGGAGUAGGACUAAUUAUACUUUUAGUUGUUUAUGGAGCCAAAAGAGUUCAUGCUGUAAGAAGUCAAUAAAAUUCAUAAAUAAGAAAAAGUGAUAUUGAUAAGGACAAGGAUAAGGAUGAUUCCAAAAAUAAUAGCUAAAUAAAACCAGAAUAAAAACCAAGAAUUCAACUUGAAGAUAUCAAAAAAAGCGAAUUGUUAGAAUAAAUUUAUAAUGAAACAUUAAGAGCUAGAGAUGUGCCUGAAGAAUUCAAACCAUUUAUAAGUGAUUAAAAAGAUUAAAAUUAUUUACUUGAAGAAUAUGGCAUGAAUAAUGGAAAAGUCAAAGAACAAUUAAAAACCUCUUUGAAUGGUAUGAGAAGAGCAAGAGGAGAUGGUAAUUGUUUUUACACCUCCUUUGGUUUUCAAUACCUAAGACAUAUAUUUACAAAAGCAUCAGAUUAACAAUUUGAAGAUUUCAUCAAAAUGAUUUAAUCGCUUCCAUUUUCAGUAAUACACUCUGAAUAAUUGUACGAAAAAAAUGAGGAAAUGAGUUAAAUAUUUCUUAACUACUGUGAGUAUCUCAGAACUCUUGAAUUAGAAAAAAGAGAGCAAGAAUUCUUACAACUAUUUUCAAAUCCUGAAGGGUAAUUCUAUGGUUUAUGUAUAAUAUUUCUAAGAAAUUUAAUUUAUAAAUUUUGCUUUGAGGAUGAAGAUACUAAAAAUAUAUUUGAGGCAUUAGAGUUGAAUUUAUAAAAACAAAUUUUGACUUGGGAAUAUGAUUGUGAAAAUAAUCAAUCGGUUAUUGAUUUAUUGUCAAGAAAUCUACAUAUGUAAUUACUUGAAUUAUAUUCUUAGUGAUAUUAUUUUGUAUUAUUUAGAUGAGGAGAAUCAAAAUUUAAAUGUUUAAGAAUAUAAAGCUAGAAAUCCUUAGAUUUUGCUAAAAACGCAUAUAAUAUUUAGGCCUGGUCAUUAUAAUGUGGCUAUCCCUAAUUAAUGAUAUAAAAAUAAUCAUCC